GUGUUGAGUUAAAAACCUGAUUUUCCAACAAGUGAAGGAAGUGGGGAGCUUCCUUCGCAUAGAGUGUCGUAGAAAUGGUUAGCAGAUAGAUGAUUGGUCAUUUCAGAACUUUGGAGAACAAAAUUCUUUCAUCUUUGAUUUUGUCAAAGAAUUUGUGUUCAAACAUUACUCAGAAAAGCUCCCAGAACUCACAAAACCUUCCAUACAUUUAUUGUAACCUCAUAGACCACUAUCUGUCACUGAAAUCCCUUGUUCUCACCAAAGUCAUUCAUGCCCAGUUGAUUAAAAUUGGCCUCAAUAGACAUACUUUUCUAGGUAAUCGCAUUCUGGAUCUUUACUCCAAGUUGGGCACUCUUAGUGAUGCUCUGCAAGUAUUUGAUGACAUUCCCACCAAGAAUUCCUUCACAUGGAACAUUUUGCUGAUGGUCUUCGUCAAAUUUGAGCAAAUCGAUAAUGCAGAAAGUGCGUUCUAUAAUAUGCCCAAUAGAGAUGUUGUCAGCUGGAAUUCAAUGAUUUCAGGUUAUGCUUCAAAGGGUCUUGUUGAAAGUGCACUGCGAGUUUUCUCAGAAAUUCAAAGAGUUGGUGUGGAACCAACUCCAUUCACAUUCUCAAUUGUGAUGUCUUGUGUGUGGUCUUCUCAGCAAGCUAAGGAAAUCCAUGGGAACAUUAUUCGGAGUGGCUUGUGUUUGUCGAAUAUAGUGCUUGGUAAUUCUUUGAUCAAUAUGUAUGGGAGGCUUAGUCUAGUUGAAUACGCUUUUGGUGUGUUUCUUAUGAUGGAAGAAUUAGAUGUUAUUUCUUGGAAUUCUUUGAUUUUGGGGUGUGAUAAGUCUGGCUAUGGGGACUUGGCAUUGGAUCAGUUCUGUUUGAUGCUUUCAAAUGGGUAUUCACCUGAUCAUUUCACAAUGUCAAUGGUGAUAUCCAUUUGUUCUAACUUGGGUUGUUUGGUGAAGGGUAAGCAAGUUUUUGCACUGGGUAUCAGGAUGGGGUCUCUUUCUAAUUCUAUAGUUUUAAGUGCCAUUAUUGACUUGUUUUCCAAAUGCAACAUGUUGGAUGAUUCAGUUCAGCUCUUUGAAGAGGUGCAUAGAUGGGAUUCAGCAAUUUGCAAUUCGAUGAUUUCGGGUUAUGCGAGACAUGGGCUUGCCGAGGAAGCUCUUCAGCUGUUUGUGCUGACCUUGAGAGAGAACAUCAGGCCAACGGAGUUCACUCUCAGCACCAUUCUAAGCUCUGCUUCAUUCCUUUUCCUAGCAGAACUGGGGACUCAAAUCCAUGCUUUGGUUCUUAAAAUGGGGUUGGAGUCGGACACAAUUGUUGCUUGUUCACUUAUGGACAUGUAUGCCAAAUCGGGAUUAGUUGACUCUGGCAUGAAAAUAUUUUUUAAUAUGGGUAUUAGAGACUUGGUGGCUUGGAAUACCAUGUUAAUGGGUUUUGCUCAAAAUGGAUGUGGAGUUGAAGCUUUAACUCUUUUUGAGGAACUACUAAUGUGUGGCCUACCACCAGACCGUAUAACUCUAGCUGGGAUUCUAUUGGCUUGCAGCAAUGGGGGUUUUUGGGAUGAAGGGAUGAGUAUUUUUUCAUCUAUGGAGGACAAAUAUGGAGUUAUUCCCCAGGUUGAGCAUUAUGCUUGUAUGGUGGAGAUGAUGUGUCGGGCAGGUAAACUCACAGAAGCAAUGGAGAUUAUAGAAACAAUGCCUCAUGAGCCUAGUGCCUCAGUUUGGGGAUUACUUCUACGUGCUUGUGGGAUCCAUGGAGACAUGAAACUCAUGGAAAGAGUUGCAGAAAGGAUGCUGGAGUUAGAACUGCAGUCCUCUCUACCUUACUUGGUUUUGGUUCGGAUUUAUGGAAUGAAGGGCAGAUGGGAGAGUGUAGCUCGAGUGAGGAAAGCCAUGAAAGAUAGAGGAGUUAAGAAGGCGAGGGGAUAUAGUUGGAUUGAAAUUAGAAACCAUGUGUUUGUUUGCAAUGCUAACCAUAUACUGCAUUAUGAAGGUAAAUACAUUCAUGCAAUAUUGGCAUUGUUGUUCCAGGAUAUAAGCAAUGAGGGAUGUGUCCAUCGACAACAUGAUGAAGUGGCUAACGAUGGAGAGGAAGAGUAAAACAGAGAAGUCUACAGGACUUAUAAUUUAUCAGUACCCAUCUUCUAUUUUCUUUCUAACACAGGACAACUGGUGAGCCAGGGAGAAACCAUAUGGGUCAUUGUGUUGUGGUAGAUCCAUGCUUGUCAGGUUUCUUUUGGCUCAAUCCAUUAUGAUACAUGGAAUUUCUUACUAUUUUCAUCAGCUACAUUACGGUGGACUUCAUGAGAUUUACUUUGGCUCACACAAAUCUAAUUUACUUGGUUAGAUAUGAAGUACUUGAUUGGGACAUACAGAAACAUGAAUAUGAUGGUGG